CGUCCGUCGGCCGCAAUGCCUCGGACGGUUUGGACGGUCUUCUCGAACCAACAAAGUGAGGCUCCUCCGAGCCGCUAGCCCCAAUCAGGCAAGGCAGACUCCCUUCCGAACCUCGUGCUCGUCGCGGAUAUUGCUUCCCUCUCCCUCUUCCUCUUCCUCGAUCUUCCCUCUCAAGUACUCUUCCCAUUCCAGGCCCUUUGGGUAUCUGAUUCAUCUUCAACCUCACCUGCACCCCAUUUUUAGGACCUUUAUUGUCCCACCCGAGAAUGAGCCGGAAGCUCGCCCCCGAAGCCAAUCGGAUUCUCUUUGUAAAGAACCUCAACUACAACGUCACCGCUGAGCAACUCUUUGACCUCUUCGGCAAAUUUGGUCCCAUCCGCCAAAUACGUCAGGGAAUUGCGAACAACUCGAAAGGCACGGCCUUUGUUGUCUACGAAGACGUUCACGACGCCAAACAGGCAUGCGAUAAGCUCAAUGGAUUCAAUUUCCAGAACAGAUACCUCGUUGUGCUAUAUCACCAGCCCGAGAAAAUGCUUAGGUCGAAAGAGGACCUGGCGGAAAGGCAAGAGAAUUUGGAGCGUCUCAAACAGCAACAUGGUAUAGAAUGACGUGAUGAAUGCUUUUGCUCGCUUUCUCUGCAUGCCCUUUGCCGGCAUCUGGCUGCGUAUUAUCCUGGGUUGGUCGUGGGGUUUCUGGCGUUUUCCUCCUAUGGGUUUGAUGGCUCUGAUUCAUUCAUGGGUAUGAAAGGGUUGCCGGCGGGUUGAAUGACACCCUGGCUUUUGUUCAGGGGAAUGAUACAGAAUGGGAUAUUUCAAGCCGGUCGACCUUGUUGCACCGGUUCACAGUUACCAAUAUAAUCAUUUCGAUCGCCGGCCACCUUCGGCUGCUGCGGCACACCUAUGAGA